CUUCCGUGCCGUCCUCUCUCUUCAACCCCGCGCAACCCCGGCUAUGUUUUCCUUCCGAACCUAUGAGAUUCCCAUUUACACCCUCUUCAGCAGACAGAAAGUAGGGUUCCAUUUUCACUGAGGUCAGCUGUAAAACGGCGUUUCCGAUCUUCAUGGAUUCGUCGUUGUCCUCUCUGCACCUAGCCAUGGCAGCUCUAGUUGGAGCUUCGUUGAUGGCAAUUUCGGCCUUUUACGUUCACAAGCGCGCCGUUGAUCAAGUACUUGAUCGCCUUAUUGAAAUCCGUCUCGGUUCACCUAAAAGUUCCAAAAGGAAAUCAUUCGUCACUGACGAAGAGGAUUCCGAAGAGGACCAGGAGAGUAAUGAUGAAGCCUAUGGGUCCGACAGAGAGGCGGCUGUGGAGAGGAAAAUGUGGAGCCGGAGUGCAUCGAGGUCCUUGGACGAUAAAAGUGUGCUUCGAAGUUAUAGGGUGUCGUGUUCGAUGCCCAAUGCGGUGUUGAGCAAUGAUUGGUUCGAUGAUGAUGAGAAGUUUGAUCAACAGUCGUCGAGGUUUAGUGCUCAGGGUCAGGGAGAGAGGCUUAACUUCGUUCCCUCUGGGCUUCCGUCUCUGCGAAUGUCUACAAGAGAUGGAGAUAAUAAAUCUGUUAACUACUCUAGUUCUGUUACAAGGAUGGCAUCUUUUGGCAGGCUAAAUAUCCCAAGAUCGCCCAGUGCUAAUGCCUUUGAAAGUGAAUGGGAUUCUGACGAGGAAGGAACAGAGUAUGGCAAUGAAGAUGACAUUACUUUCAUUGAUGGGAACAUGGACUCUUCUGCUAAUCGUAUAAAUCAGGUUGAUUCAAAAGUUCAGAACACAUCUCUGCCAUUUGGAGUUGAUGGUACAAAUGUUAUUACAGAUCAGAAUCUUGAAGAUCCUAGAGGUGAAGAAAAAAUUGGCAUUGAUAUGCCUGGCAGAAAAGUAGAUAGAGGUUCAGUGCGCCAAGUGGGCAAUGAAGCUGCCUUUAACAGUACAAUUUUACAUUUGAGAACUACAAUGCAUGACUCAGUAAAUAUAGAAGAGGAAGAAGUGUUGAAGAUGAUCCGUGAAUGCUUGGAUUUGCGGAGUAGGUAUGUAUACAGGGAAGAGGUUGCUCCAUGGAAGCUAGAUGUAGCUGAACCUAAUACACCACCAUUGAAAUCGGAUCCGUUUCACUUUGAACCUGUCCCAGCAACUACACAUCACUUUAGGAUGGAAGAUGGUGUUGUUCAUGUUUAUGCCAAUAAGAAAGAUACUGUAGAUCUUUUCCCUGUUGCUAGUGCGACAACAUUUUUUACGGAUAUGCAUCACAUUUUAAGAAUCAUAUCUAUUGGAAAUGUUCGCACUGCUUGCCAUCACAGACUUCGAUUUCUUGAGGAGAAAUUUCGCCUUCAUCUGUUAGUAAAUGCAGAUAGGGAGUUCCUGGCUCAGAAGAGUGCUCCACACCGUGAUUUCUACAAUAUUAGAAAAGUUGAUACACAUGUUCAUCAUUCUGCUUGCAUGAACCAGAAGCACAUCCUGCGCUUCAUCAAGUCAAAGCUAAGAGAGGAGCCUGAUGAGGUUGUUAUAUUCAGAGAUGGAAAAUAUAUGACACUGAAGGAAGUUUUUGAGAGUUUGGACUUAACUGGAUAUGAUUUGAAUGUUGAUUUGUUGGAUGUCCAUGCUGAUAAGAGUACCUUCCAUCGAUUUGAUAAAUUUAAUCUCAAAUACAAUCCUUGUGGACAAAGCAGACUCCGAGAGAUUUUUUUAAAGCAGGAUAAUCUAAUUCAAGGAUGUUUCUUGGCAGAAGUAACGAAAGAAGUUCUAUCAGAUCUUGAAGCAAGCAGAUACCAGAUGGCUGAGUACAGGGUUUCCAUUUAUGGAAGGAAACAAAGUGAAUGGGACCAGCUAGCAAGUUGGUUCAUUAACAAUGCUAUUUAUAGUGAGAAUGCUGUUUGGUUAAUCCAGCUACCACGGCUAUACAAUGUGUACAAGCAAAUGGGCACAGUUAAAUCUUUUCAGAAUAUUCUUGAGAAUGUUUUCAUUCCACUAUUUGAAGUCACAAUCAAUCCAAGCUCUCAUCCUCAACUGCAUGUAUUCCUAAUGCAGGUUGUGGGAUUAGACAUUGUUGAUGAUGAAAGUAGACCAGAAAGGCGUCCAACUAAGCACAUGCCAAAACCAGCUGAAUGGACCAAUGAGUUCAAUCCAGCCUACUCUUAUUAUGCUUAUUACUGCUACGCGAACCUAUAUACUCUAAAUAAGCUUCGUGAAUCUAAAGGAUUGCGGACCAUAAAAUUUCGGCCACACUGUGGAGAGGCUGGUGAUAUUGACCAUUUGGCUGCUGCAUUUCUUCUAUGCCAUAAUAUAUCUCAUGGGAUUAACUUGCGGAAAUCUCCUGUUUUGCAAUACUUGUACUACCUUGCUCAGAUUGGAUUGGCUAUGUCACCAUUGAGCAACAAUUCCCUUUUCCUGGAUUAUCAUCGAAACCCAUUUCCAAUGUUCUUUCAGCGUGGCCUGAAUGUUUCACUCUCAACUGAUGAUCCUUUGCAAAUUCAUUUAACAAGGGAACCAUUGGUGGAAGAGUACAGCAUUGCAGCAAAGGUGUGGAAGCUCAGUUCAUGUGAUCUGUGUGAGAUAGCAAGAAACUCUGUUUAUCAAUCUGGAUUCUCCCAUGUGGCAAAGUUGCGUUGGCUCGGUAGCAAAUUUUUUUUAAGAGGCCCUGAGGGAAAUGAUAUUCAGAAGACAAAUGUGCCUCAUAUGAGGAUUGCCUUUCGACAUGAGACAUGGAAAGAGGAAAUGCAGUAUGUCUACUCAGGGAGAGCUGUUUUUCCAGAAGAAGUGGAAUUUUGAGCAGAAUGAAAUUGGAGAAUGAAGGUACUACAAAUUGGAUGCUGUUGCUCCGACAAAUCCCAUCAGUGCCCCUAAAUGUUUUGGACUCAUACCAAAUUUAUUGGUUCAACACCACCCUUGAUUCAUCACUUCGUUAUACACUCAUCUUGCGAGAAACUAUGGCCACAACGUAAUUUAUAGUAGCUUUCAGGAGAAGUUGCCAUUUUGUGGAGUCCAAUUUUUAACGCAUCACUAUCCUGCAUUGCCAGGUUUGUGAAACUAAAAGGAGGCUUAGAUUUUUUGUUGAUGCAGGGAAAUUUUGGCCGAGUUUGCAGAAGUUCUUGUAGAAAUGGGCAGGUUUCCUUAAAAUGUAAUUGACUUCACUUCGUAUGAUAACCAAUUUCAGUGGUUGAUUAAGGUCCCUUGUAAUGUGAUUUCGUACCUUUCCUUUCA